AUGAGUAAUCCCACCAACACUCCUCGUCAGCCACAAGCUCAGCCACAAGCUCCCGGUCUGAUAACAUCUUCUCCCCACACUCUCCAAAACUUCGACCUCACCGCGCCCAUCCUCCGCUUUGACUUCCCCACGCCCGCUGCACAAGCAACCUUUCACCGCGCCUUCCUUCAAGUACGCAACGAGAAAGACAAAGCAGCUUUCAUGCAACGUUUCUUCGAUAACUACGACGGCCAAGUCUCCAUACCUCGGCGUGUCAUCAUGGAUACAAGUCAAGAUGAGGAGAUGGCGAGGAGGCUGCAGGAGAGUCUGCCAGUGGAGGUCGAUACGGGGAGGGAUGAGGAGAUGGCGAGGAGAAUUCAAGGGCAGAUGGGAAUGGGCGGUUUUGGAGGUGCGGGUAGAGGUUCUGUCAAUGGAGGACACAGUCGGAUGAAUGGGCGACACGACGGCACAAACGGUAGAGGAUACGAUGGGCAAAGCAGAGGUAUAGCCGUGGACGGUGAAGAUGAAGCGUACCGCGUAAGAAGACGAAUCGAGCGUCAGAGGGAGAUAGAAGGGUGGACAUCUGCGGCGCAGCAAUGGACAACCGCGGCUGACGGAGCCUACGUUGACACCAUGGAAAGACUAAGACACCAGUUUAGACGCGCGGGCCUUCAAGACCUUGGUGCGUAUCCUGGACAACCUGGAUAUGGCAACGCACCUUCUCGACGAAAUCCUCGACUACCAUCUCGUCGCUCUGAGAACCAGGAGAAUGAGUUCGAGGGCUAUCAUGGCAAUGGGGGCCAGGGUUAUCCGGGGUACGGUCAAGGUAACGGAGGGUAUGGGUACGGCUACGACCCGCGCCGCGAUCACUGGGGUCAUGGAGGUGGAGGCUAUUAG